AAACCAUCAACGUGUAAGGCUUGAUCAAACUAAACUUUGUUCUUUGUUUUCUUAUGUAUAAUAAUAAUACUAAUUCUAAUUGUAUUUGAUAUAUAUAUAUAUAUAUAUAUAUAUAUAUAUAUAUACCGGGAAUUAACGUAUCCAUAUAUACACACACACUCCCACACAUAUCUAAAGUGUAUCUACACAAAUAAGAAAAGGAAAGGAAAGGAGAGAGAGAGAGAGAGAGAGAGGGGGGGGAGAGAGGGAGAGAGAGUGAUCAAAUUCCAAUAUUUUAUAAAAUAUAUAUAUAUAUAUAAAUAAAAUAUUGAUAUAACAUGAAAUUUCAAGUUUGGUACGCGAUUCUCUUAACGGCAAUUGCAAUGAUCAAAGCCGAAAUAGACGUAAGUACAGAUAAUUUAUUCGAUAAUAAAGAUUUGGGAUAUAUUGUGAAGAAGGAAAGUUUCGGAAAUCAAGGACGUUCUCUAAAUGAUGCUGAUGAUAAUGAUGAUGACAAUUUGUCAAAAAACGAAAAAUUUAUUGAAAUUAAUGAAAUUGAUAAAUCAAUAGAAAAGCACUUCAACAUCAUAACCUCUAACUUGAAUAUUACUGAUAAUAGCACUGUCGAAAAUACCACCACAAGUAUCGUUAAAAAUACCACCCCAAGUAUUGUUGAAAACACCACCUCAAGUACUGACGAAAAUAUUGAAAGCACAUCAUCAAAAAUAUCAGUAUCAACCAUUGCAAGUUUGGAGGAUUAUCCAUAUCAAGUUCAUGGAGAAAAAGGGACAUGUAUAUUGUCGAAAAUGACGAUCUCAUUAACUGUGACGUACAACAACACAGAGAUGGAGACUGCUAAAACAAUCUUGAACCCAUCAUCUUCUUACAUAACGACCAAUGGUUAUUGCAAUGAGCCAUAUUCUGCUAUGCAAUUAACUUGGCCGAUCGAAGAACCUGAAUCAAAAGCAAAUCUUAAUUUGACAAUGGCAAAAAUGAACAAUAUUACUUUUAGUUUGAAGACAAACGAUGAAGAUUCUAAAUUUUCAGUUUUUCAAAUACUCGUAUCGAUACGUUUAGAUCCACUUAAUUUUCCGGAUGCAAUAGAAGCAGACAUAUUGCAGACUACCGACCCUAAUUUAAUGUUAUUUAAAGCUUCUGCUAUUAAUGGUAAAUAUAAAUGCAAUAUUCCAAUUAUUGUUAGAACAGAAUCGGUUGAAAUAAAAUUGAGCGACGUUGAAUUAAUAGUUCUCAAUACGGAUGACAAUAUUUCAUCGAGAUACGAGGAGAACUGUGUUCAAAAUAUUGAUGAAAUUUUUAACGUAGUAAAUAUUGUUGGAAUAAUCAGUGUACUUAUUAUUGCUAAAGUAGCGAUUUGUUUCAUUGGAUAUAUGAUAUGGCGACGAUAGUGAAAUUCGAUGAUCGCUUUUAUGGACAUUUUAUUAAAGGAAGAAAAUAAAAAGAAAAGAAAAGAGAAAAGAACAAGAAAAAAAUAUCAAAAUAAAAAAAAAGACCCUUUUUUUUGUAAUAUCACGAGGAGGAAGGAGAGGAGAUUAUUUUUAAAAGAAAUUUUUGAAGGAAAAGAAAAGAAAAGAAAAGAAAAGAAAAUAAAAGAAAAGAGAAAAAAGAAAAAGAUGGAAGAAAAAAAGAGAGGAUCACUUUCGUUUAGUUUUCUGUGAGAAAAAGGAAGGGAAGAAAGAAUGAAAAGAAAAAACAAAAAGAGAGAGAGAGAAAGAAAAAGAUACUUGUUCUAUCGCAAUAUUUAUCCUGCUAUUUCUAAAUGAUCAUUGUUAAUAUAAAAAUCAUUAUUGAUAUGUCUUUAUAUUCCUUGCAAAAUUAAUAUUAAUUCAUAUAAAAUAUUACGUUCGUUAAUUCGUCGAUAUUUUUUAUCAAUCAUAAAUGAUAAAGUAGAUAUUCGUUUUUAAAUGAUUAUCGACUAAUGGUACAUUAAUUGCUAAAACGAAUAAAUGAAAAAUGAAUGAAGGGAAAAAAAGCAAUGUAGAGAUUAUAAAAAAAAAAAAAUCAAUGCGUUAAUAAUCAUUGACAAAGGAAAGUAAAACGAAUGAGAAGAGAAAUAAAAGAAAAAGAAAAGAAAAGAAAAAUACCUGCGAAAAUCUCUUUCUCUACGAAAAAGAGGGAAAGAGAGAGAAACGUACCUUUAAAAUUUAAAGGGCAUUGUAAGCUUAAGUUACGUAUGAUUUAUCUUGAAAGUUAUUUUCUAUUGUACGGAUAGAAGCAAAACUCCGGAAAAUUAUUGUACAGGAUUCUUACUUACAAUAAAAUAGAGAAGAUAAAGUAUUGAA